GUCGUACUAUGGCAGUACUUCUUCAGCCAGGGGUCUCGCCUCCAAAGCCCCCAGAAUUCCGGGCCUGGCCAUCAACGACAACAUGAUGCUCCAGAAGUCACCGGUUCCUGUCGUUGGCGCAGCGGCCGAGACGUCCCGCCCCCUCGUCCUCCUCCUCAGCUGGUUGGUUGCUAAGGAGAAACAUGUAAACAACUUCUCCCGUAUCUACUUGGAUAGAGGAUGUGACGUCUUGGUGGUUAAAAUGAAACCGAUGCAGAUAUUACUACCCCAGUCAGGCUCACAGGUUGUUGCGCAACGUGUUGUAGAUUUCCUCCAGCUAGAGGACAACCGUCAACGCCCAAUCUUCGUCCACUCAUUCAGCGUAGGCGGAUACCUCUACGCCGAGAUCCUACAGAAGAUGUUGGCUGCAGAGAAAUCCAAGGGUGAACUGACCGACCGCAUAAUUGGUCAGAUCUACGACAGUGUCGUCGACUUGGACAAGGUCGCGUUCGGCAUCGCCAACGCCCUCUUCUCGCACAAGAUGAUUCAGAAGAGCGUAGAGAAAAGCAUCGAUGGCUACCUAGCUAUGAUGUAUCGACCUGCCACUCAGCAUUACGCAAGAGCAUCCCGGCUCUUCUACCACAAUCCAGUGAAAGCGCCCUCGUUGUUCUUCUAUUCGUACGCCGACCCAGUGGGUUGUGCCACGGCGAUAGAGAACUGCGUUCAACAUCUCCGCACCAAGAUGGGACACGAUAACAUCUACACGAAGUCGUUCCAGAAGUCGCGGCAUGUGAGCCACAUGCACAAGCAUAAGGAGGAGUAUUUAUGCUCGCUCUUUAGUUUCUUAAAGGAAAUCCCUUACUUUGAUGAUAAAUUUGAUAUUGAUAUAGGCGACCAAAUGCAAAACAAAGCCAUAGAGUCUUGAAUCUUAAAAAAAAAAUUGUGCUAAUUUUUGUCUGUCAGGUUAUUUGUUUUUGGUUUGUAAUACUAAUAGGUAGUCAUUAACAAAAAGGUUUAUACGUGUAACUUAAGGGGGGGGGGCUUUCUGGAAAGGGUCAAAUUAAUGCUCCCUUUCAAGUUAUCCAGGGGGGGAGGACUUCCACCUAGGCCUAUGGCCUGUAUUCUGAAGUAGUUUAAUUUAAACUCUGGUUCAAUGCUGUGGUUUAACUAUCGAUAGCCAGUAGUGGCAUAAAUCUCUCACAUUUCUUGGCUCAUUUGACUCUCAAAUCAUUCUUAACUGUUGGGAAGGAUAGAUAAGAUAGAGUGUCUUCACCAGUUAAGAAUCAUGAAAGAGAACAGUUAACAUAAUAAACAUACAAUUUUAACAAAAUUUUGACGUCAUUGGCUUCUCAUAAUGGUGACACAACGUUUGCUCUGUGCUUACUUUCAUCUAAAAAUGUAGGUUAGGGUUGCAAUAGGGUUUUAUGUUUAGGUUUUAUGAUUAAAUUUAGGGUAGGGUCUAGUGUCAAACACAGGGUUAGAGUUGGUCACUCCGAUUAAUAGUGUGUGGAAUUUACAGCAGAGCAAUUGUCGCCAGAGCAAAUGUCAUGGAACCCUAAAAGUUAAACCUGACUUCAGAAUAGGGGCCUAAGUAGUUAAAGCCUUUGUAAGGCUAAAAGGGGUCAGUAUUGUGAAUUAUACUUGAUUGUCAGCGAACAUUCCAGUAUUACAAAAUUGUACAUGUAUUAGUCAUUGAAUAUGUUUGUCACCUGGAAGAAUUUAAAUAGGGCAUUAUUUUUUCAGUAACUAAGAUUUGAAUUUAAAUCCAGCGCCCUCUAUGGAUAUUGUUUUUAAAAAGCUGUUUGAGCAGGUACUAUACAUGUACAUGUAUUUUAUAGUAAUUAUAUGUUAGAAAGCUGCUAAUAAAGAUUAUAUCCUGAAAUGUUUAGCCCAUUCCUUGCUUAAGAAGGUGUUUUAUUUUAAUAAACAAAAUGAAAUACGCAAUAAAGCACCAAUUGAAUUGUAUUUUUAUCUAAAAUCGUUAGACGUAUCCAGUCAAACAAAUUCUUGGUUUAUAUCCAUCACACGCUAACUGUUUUGGACAUAUACAUCAAUAUAAUUUAGUAAUAUAUUGGCAUAGUGACAUACAUUGUUGGGGGAUUUAUUAAAAACUAGUGAUAACUAUAAUAUGCAACAUAAAGUGGCCAAUACAAUGUUUCUAAGCGCUGCAUACUAUUACCCCGGCUUGAGCAUGGCUACCCUGACCGGACGCUCGAGCAUUCAAGGAAUCCCUUCCAGGUACCCAUUUAAUACACCUGUGUGGAGAGUGGCAAAUGUAGGUAAAUACCUUGCCAAAGAAAGCAAGUGAUGCGAUGGGAUUCAAACCUCAGACUUUGUGGUUCAAAGUCUGGAGACUGAAUGCACUGAGCCACAACACCUACUCUCUUCUGGAAGCAUCGUGGUGUAGCAGUUCUGGCUCUCACCUUGUAAUCAGAGGGUUGUGUGUUCGAAUCCCGCCAUGGUCUAGCGUCCUUUGGCAAGGCGUCAAUCUACAACACCUCCACUAAAUAGCUCCAUUAAUCCGCUUGCUACUUAGACAGGGUUGCCCAUGCAUUUUAGUGAGCAAUGAUGUGCAAUUGGAAUGAUACAGUAUUAUAUUAUUUUUGGCUUGCGCCGUGACAUCGGGUCAGGCAGUCAUGUAACACAAUCUUUUGAGGAAUGGGCCCCUAAAUUCCCAAAACUUAUUCUCCAGUUUACCCGAUCCUUUGUAUAUUUGGCUUAAAUUUUCACAAAACAUCGGGUAACCUAGACCCAACAUUUCGGGAAUUUAGGAGGCCCUUUUUUCAAAUGGUCAGGUCACACGAUUGCCGGACGUGAAGGCACAUGCCAUAUAUCUUUAAAACGCUUUAAUGCUAGCUACCUCGUUUAAUUAUGAAUAAAGGUACAAUGUCUCCUUAUACAUGUAGUCAAUGAUUUUCACUCUAUCACCAUCACUAUUUUGCUUUCAGCCAAUCAUAUGCAAGGAUUACAGUAACUUAUAACAAAUAGCAGUGGCAUACAGAUCGAGGGGGGGGGGGCUUGACCAAGAAAAAAAAAGAAAAGAAAGAGAGAAGGGUGGAAUAUGAUAUUAUUUGCUAAAUAUUAUACAUCAAAAUGUAUCACAAAUUGGAUUUUUGUAAUAAAAAAAAUCAACAUUUUUGCUUGCUCGCUUCACUCGCAACUUUUUAUGAAUAUUGCCUGAUACACCAUAUCUGGACAACCUCAUUAUGCCACUAACAAAUAAGAAUAAUAAUAAUACAUGAGAUUUGUAUAGCGCACUUUCAAUCUUGUUUAGAUGCUCAAGGCGCUUCAGAGCAGAACAACAAAAACUAUUUACAUAAAAUACAUGUCUAAACAAUAAGUCAAUGUCUAUCAAAAAACACUCCUUAAAUAGAUAUGUUUUCAGGUUGCCCUUGAAGGUGGUCACUGAAGUCUGGGUUUUCACAGUGUGGAAGAGAAUUCCACAGGCUAGGCCCUGCAUGAGCAAAGGCCCGUUCCCCGCAUGAUUUCUAAGCAACUGGAAUUUGUAAGAGAUUAGAUGAUGAGGAUCGUAAGGUUCUUGAGGGUUGGUAAUUAUGCAUCAAAGACUUAUAACUGGGGGAACUUCCAUUGACUAUAUGAAAAAUCAAAAGAAGGAUUUUAAAGACUAUGCGUUCCUUCAGGGGCAACCAUUAGAGAGUUUUCAAUAUAGAGGUAUUGUGGCUGCGCUUGCUAGAUAGAGUUACAUGUACAAUACGCGCAGCUGCAUUUUGUAACUCUGCAAUUUCCCAAGUUGAGAAUCUGGUAAGUUGUAAAGGAGGCUAUUACCAAAAUCAAAUCGUGCAGAAAUGAGUGAAUGUACCCGUUUCUCUGUUGCUGAGCGAGUGAGAUAUUUCCUUAUGAAGCCAAUAUUGUGCAAUUGAUCUGCAAAUGCAUGUAAUCUGGUAGGACAUGGUCAUAUGAGAAUCAAAAUUAAAUCCAAGAUUGCAACAUGAUUUUGACAAGAGGAUAUCAUUGCCUGAGAUUUAUGGAAUGUUGGAAUCAAUAUUGAAUUUGUUAAGUUGAAACUUUGAGUCUGUUAAAGUGUGAUAACAUCUUUUUACUUGCAAGUAAGCUUAAUCAAUUCAGUGGAUUCACAAUACGGUGCGCCAUCUAUUGGUUGCAGCGGACAGGCCAAAAUUCGCAAUGCUUCACAGGAAAAAGUUGACGUCUGUCGCGCGUGCUAGCACUAAAGUGAAUGCAUGCAUGUAAUUAUUCAGUGCUAGCCGACGCGGCUCAACCAGAUACGCUUUUUACUAGGGUCCAGGAGAUAGGAGAGAAAUUUGCCUGCAUAUUUCUUUGCAAAAUUUAGACCGUUUUUGGUGAAUUUUUGCCAUAUGGUUUUCAUUUUUAAGCAUCACACUCACAUUAUGUGCACUGUGCGCUGUCAACCCCAAAUAUAGAAAUUUUGCCUGUUCGCUUCAACCGAUAGAUGGCGCACCAUACUGUGAAUCCACCGAAUUCUAAUGAUGUACAUAAGCAGCAUACCAGACAUUGGGUGAUUUCAAGUUCAGUGUUGACCUAUUGGUGUUGGUGUUAGGUCAAUUUUUACACUUGAGUAUAACACCAAACAUAAAAUGAAGAUGGUCCUGAAAAGUCACUCACUAGUCUUUGAGAUGUCAAUAAUGUCACCUGGAUCAGUUUUACAAACUCAGAAUAGAUUUUGGACUUAAGGGAAGCAAUCCAAAUUGCAAAACCAAUGCCAACACCGGACUUGAAAUCACCCAUAGAGACAGUAGAUAUUGAUGCAUGACCAGGUUUCACACUGAUAUAAGUGUAGCCCAAUCAUAUCUUCAGUAUUUGAAUGAAAUAAGCUUGAUAAUGUGAUGAAAAAAAGCUCCCUCUAUCAAUUUAUUGAAGAGUGUGUUUAAACAUACCUGUCAUCAAUGAGCAACUCAGCCGAACAUACACUGCUUUGCUUGUUUUACAAAUGUAUAUUAGCAUGAUCAUGUGGAUUUGUGCACAUAUUUGCGACUGAAUCAAUAUUAUGACAUUACAGCUGAAUUGGUUAACUGAUAUUUAAUUAUCUUGCAAUUGAGUCGUUUUUGCUACAUUUAUUAUUAUUUUGUACACUCGAAUGUCUAUGUACUAUUUUGUCAAAUAUUUUCCGAAUUAUGUAUGUUCAAUAUUGUAUUAUUUUACAAUUUUCCAUGCAAUGUAUGUUAAUACCUUGUUUUAUUCUGCUUUAUUUUAUGACAAAUUUUAAAAAAUGCUUUCAAUCAAA